AUGACAGAACACCACAGCACUGUCCGCGUCGAUCCUCUCUCUCUGAAACAACAUCCGGGAUCGACUGGACCUAGAACAUCGCUGGUUCCAUUCGGCCUACCUCAAGCUGUCGCCUUUAGACCUGACAACACUCCUCAAUCUACACGACCGAAACGAUUAUCUAUUAUCUCCCUUUUUCUUUCCCCUAAUCCUUUCGGAAAUAGUUCAGAACUUAUUUUAUUUACGCGUCCCCUGACCAGUCACUUUGUUCACGCAAUAGUCAUUCUUUUUCUCCUUCUUUUUCAACCGUCAUUUAUUUUUCUCCACAAUCCUUCAGCCUUCGACGUUUCUCUCUGUUACUCUCUCUCUGUCCCUCUCUCUCUCUCUCUUCUCUUACUUUCUCUUCUUCAUCGUCAGCCGACUUUCCUUCAGAUUAAAACAUUUUUCUUUCUUACUUUCUCUCAUUGCACUUUCUUUUCUUUUCUUCUCAUUUCUUUCUUUCAUCUAUCUUUCUUUUUACACAUUUAA